AUGAUGGAACCUGAUUUAAAUCAAUACUCAAAAGUAAUUCCUUACUGGGAGGGUGGAGAUAUUGGUCAAUAUUCUAAUCAUCUAACUGUUUGGCUUGAUGAACAUAUAGGACGAGAAGGACAGAAUGUUGAUCUGAAAUCUGAAUUUCAAACAAAUAUCCAACCUUUAAAUACAUUAGAUAAUGAAGUUGUUGAUACGCCAUUAUUUUUGAGUCCAGAAAUACUAGAGCAACUAAAAGAUAGAGUUUAUUGUUUGAAAGCGUUCUUUAACUCUAAUGAGUGUCUUGCAUUUAUAAAUCUACAUCAUGAUCGUAAAAUAUUUUUUAUUACAUCCGGAUCCAUGGGUGAAACAUUUUUACGAGAAAUAGCUGGAUUACCCCAAAUUCAAGAAAUUUUGAUUUUCUGUGGAAAUAUUUCCCAUCAUGUGCAAACCUGGGCAAUGGAUUAUAUUGAGGUUAUAACAGCAAUGUUGGAUCAUCAGACUAAUUUACUACUACGUUUAACAAAAGAUAUAGCAAAGUAUAUACAAGAUAAAGGUGCAGAACACAUGGCAGCACUUGAAAGAAAUGGAGCUAAAACGUGUUAUGCGUGGGCUAUUAAAUUAACAUUACGUGCAAAAAAGCUUGGUGAUACGAAUUCUAAGAUACUACUCGACAUAUUAGAGAAGAAAUUCGACGAUGUUGAAACAACAAGUAGUACAGCAGAAGAGCACAUGGAACAAGACAAACCGUAA